AUGAAAACUACUGGAUUGCAAAAAAUUAUAUUUGUAUACGCUUUAGUAUACAACAUUAACCGGUCUUUAAUCAGUGUCUUUGCUGCAGGCGGCGAUGUUCCGACUCGGGACGUUACCACUAUGACCCCCGUGGAUCUCGAUAUUUCGGAUAGAGCAGACUCUGUUUAUUUUACAUACUCAAAGAGUGCAGAUUCUAUAAUUCAUACUUUUAAGGCCAAGGACGGGUUCGCAAUAAGGAACAUUAAGGUUACGGACAAGAGCACUGGCAGAUCUGAGCACCUUUGGGGGUCAAGCGCCGCUAUCACCAACGCAUAUAAGGUCAUUGGAUAUACCAGUGGCGAUAAUGCCAAUUUUAUUGAAAUACACCUCUUGAACAACGGAGUUACGUCUGUUUAUUCCUCAGUCUUUUCAUCUUCACACGAAGCGAAGUCAGUUAAGAAAUCUAUAGUUGAGGAAGAAAUAACAUCACCUGGUUCCGAAAAGCCUGCUCCGGAAAAACAUGUCCCGGAAAAGCCUGUCCCCGAAAAACCGGAAUCUGCAGAUACCUCUACAACAACAACUACUACUACUACUGUAAAUUACAAGCUUCUGUACAUAUUGCUACCAACGAUUCUCGCAGCGAUUGCUAUUGUUGCUGCUGGCGUGGUACUACUUGUGUACAGAAGAAAGAGGGAGAAUUCUGCAAAUCUUCUGACCCAUGAGACUCCCGUGUAG